AUGCCCUUCAACACUUUCGGCGUGGCCACUGCUGUGACCCCUUCGGUCAUUGAGACAUACUUCUCACAUUACCUGCACCGAAAACCACUCAAACAGAAGCCGACUGCGCACAUCUCCUACCACGAAGGCCUGCGACUGAUUCGACAAUUCUUGGACUACAGCGCGAAGCACUCGGUCGAAGAUCUGCAGGCUUUCACAGCACAAUGGGUUCCUGUCCCGACAUGGGUGCGCACUCAAGACGUCGAGGUACCACCUCAGUUCCUGACGAGGUCUGCCAACGUGAUACGCAAGCAGCUUGGCAGCCAUGGACUAGAAAAGGUGGGAGGCGAGAAAUGGUGGCAGUGGAGGAGACCAGAGAGUGCUUUGCAUGCCGAGUGGAUUGAGAUGAAGAAGGAUCACAAUGAGCGCAAACGGGAGGGACGGCCGUGCGAUCGCGUGAUUCUCUACGUGCACGGAGGCGCGUACUACUUUGGUAAGAUGCUGAUGCGACUGAAUGGGCGGGCGUGCGUGCGAUCUGUGGACGAACAUCGCUACCAGAUGCAACGGCACGCUCGCAAGUUGAAGGCACGAGUACUUGCACCACGAUACCGCCUGGCACCGCAAUUUCCUUUCCCGUGCGGACUAUACGAUUGCAUUGCGACCUACUUCUACCUCCUCGAACAUUUCGAGCCCAGCCAGAUCUUGUUUGCCGGAGACAGUGCCGGAGGCGGCAUGGUACUGAGCAUGCUCGUGACGCUGCGAGACCAGGGCUGUCCGUUACCUGCGGGCACGAUACUGCUGUCACCGUGGGUGGAUUUGGCACACUCGUUUCCUUCAGUGGCAGGCGAUGGUGUGGGAGACUAUAUUCCUCCGCAUGGUUUUCAUCACAAGCCAUCAAUGGCCUGGCCACCACCUCCGACUACAGACGAGGAUCCGAAAAAGCAGGAGAGGAAGUUCACACAGCCCGUAGACCGGCCCUUCGACGUCGUGGAACUCCCUGCAACCGAUGCAGCUGCCACGGGCUCAAAGACAAGUCGCGAUAAAACAACAGAACUAACAGGUGAGGCGCAAGCCAUUGUCGAAGGGCAGGAUCCAAACACGCAAAUCAACCAAAUUCCGGGAAUGGGCCCACGCCUUGAGAUCGCGAUUGAUGACAAGCUUGUGAUUAUUCGACAGCAGUUCCAGAUGUACGCGAAGAACGACCUACUAGCCCACCCUCUAGUAUCCCCAGUACAGCAGCCUUCGCUCGGAGGUUUGCCUCCUAUGCUGAUUCAGGUUGGCGGAGCAGAGCUAUUGAGGGACGAGCAAAUCUAUCUUGCCCACAAGGCAGCAAACCCCAGACAAUAUCCACCUAGCGAGGCUGUCUUGGACCAGUACGAUCCCCAGCGCACGGUCCUAAAUCAAUAUCCCGGGACGGAUGUGCAGUUGCAAGUGUGGGAGGAUCUAUGUCAUGUGCCUCACACUCUCUCCUUCACUCGACCAGCAAAGUACAUGUACCGUUCUGUGGCUCAAUUUGGUGCAUGGGCACUUGCUCGAGCUCAGAAUAGGUCCAUCGAGAUUCUCGACGACGAUGCAGUUUCGAUCAUCAGCGACAACGAGGAUCCCAACGAGUAUGGGAAGGGCAGCCAUUCUUUCGGCAGUAUUGGUGCCGAGGGCGUAACCUCCACGCAAUUCAAGUUGACUUCCAUCGGAGCAGUUGGCAAAGCAGGCGACGACCUACCACCGUUCAAGGACCACAUGAUCCGUCAGCGUGUAAACCGACACGGCGUCGUCUUUCCCCUCCCACUAGUAUCAGAAAUCGCUUGUUUGCACUUGGACCGCAAUACGAUCGGAGCCAUCAAAUCGGGACCAGUCCGUAAGUGGCUGGCGAAGAGGGCGGAGAGUGAACAGAAAUUUGCGAGUGAAAUCAAAAAGCUGCAGAAGAAGAAGUUGAAAGAGAUGAAAUCGUACGAUAAAAUGGAGCCAGGAGAGCACCCGCCAGCUGCAGCGCUCGUCAAUCGCAGGACCAAGGGCAGCGUUCCUGGUGAAAAGAAGAAGGGCAAAUCAUGGGGCCUUGCGAUGUGGUCUGGUUGGGGAUCCUCACACGACGAGAGCACAAUACAACGCGAGGAACAGGUCAAUGAUGUUAAGGAAAGCGGAAUAGACCGACCUGUGAGUAAGGCUGCCAGCACUGUUACUCUGCCGAGUGCCGCAGGCUUCGAUGGAGUGAAAAACACGGGAACAGCCAAUGCAUUAGCAGGUGCGGGCUCUGGAAGGGAAGCAAGAGGGUCCGCGACCAACGACAAGCUUGCCGUGCCUCUCUCCGAAGCAGACGAAGGACGGCGGCGACGACGAUCUAGCGCCAGCGUGCUUACCUCCCCAUGGAGUUCGAAAAGUAACGGAUCGCGAAGUCCAUAUCGACGGGUCAAGGAUGAGGGUCAGGCUACCAAUGAUCGCGAUCGCGACUCGAUGAAUGUGGUGUCGCCGCUGAGUUCCGAUAGCGCUUCAGGCAGAGGCUUCUGGGACCUCAGUCGCCGUUCCAGUGCGGCUUCGAUGAAGGUCAACUAUGCGAGGCCGCUCAGCACCAUGAGCACUGGCACAUUGAUGAUGAGUAACCUGAACCCAAACUCAAAGAGUGGCAGGACGAAUGGUGACGACGCAGGAGUUGACAUUGAAAAUCAAGGGCGAGCUUCGCCGACCCUUCCUGCUGCGUCUCAAGCGCGGGAGCGGCCCUCUUCGAUAUCUGAAGCUGGCAAAGCCAAGGGCACGUUCAAAGUACCAGGAUCGGACAACACAUAUCUCAACGCCGGCAAUUCGCGGCCACACAACGGCGUCGUGGCAUAUCCGUUCAAAGUCAAGAGCACUACCCGAGAUGGCAAGGUUGCUUCUCCCGAUGCCUCAACAACCACGCUGGAUAGCGUCAAGCAACCUGAUAGCUCUAGGGCAGACCAGGACUUCGAGAUGCCUAACGCAUUCGGAGUAGUUGCGCAUGAGCUGCCAACCAGCUCCGGCCGCGAGUCCAGCGGCAGUGCGGGACAUAAAGCUUCCCUGGUGGAGACGCCGGUAUCAGUGCUCAAGUCCGAGAAUGAAAUCAUCCCGGCGCCGUUAGCGUCCCAAUCUAUUACACCUGAGACGAAUACUAUAAAGUCAAGUACGCGUCCGGUCUCUGGUGGUAUCCCAGAGAGCACUCGUCUUUCGGACCUCGACUCGCCCGAAGAAGAUAUAGUUGGUCCGCUCGAGCCUUCCGGCAGUAGCACGCAUAGCUCAUCAUUCAAGACACGCGAGUAUCGAUCACGGGAUUCACGACUUGGACAACUAGGAGCCGACGGUAUGCCUACUCAAGCUUGGCCAGACAAGGGCGCCCCUGUGGACAGCGCGACCCGUCCUACACCUGCGCCAUUUAAGAUCCGCAAUCCUGUGUUUGAUGCGAGGGUCAGCCCUGCAGCACCUGUCGCAGCCGCGGGCCUGCAGAGUCAACAGCCAGUAUCUGCUCCCUUCAAAAUGCGGCACACCAUAUACGACACCAAGGUUGCGCCGGUAGGCAGCAAACCACCAGGACAGCAAAGUGAGCAAAUCCCGAGCGUGCACGAGAUGCCUGCAACGAAUGGCAGAAAUGCCAAGAGCAAGAAAGUAAAGCCGCAGCCACGUGGUCAAGAGCCUCAUGCCUCUCCAUCUACUGCAUCUCGCGUACCGUCGUCAUCAGAAUCUGUGGCAGUGCGGGCAUCAAAGGCGUCUCCAUCGUCUGCCGAACUUGGUCCAGCUCACGCCUCAAAACAGGUCAACCUUCAGCCCACUCUCGAUCACCAAGCAGCCAUUCCUCUCAGAUCCGACGAGACGAACGGCAAGCUCUCUCUCAACAACCCCCUGAUGACUACGUCGUCGCGUCCAACCGCGAGUCGAAACAGCUCGACUGGUCCGCCUCCAACUCCUCCUCCAAAGGACACACCUCCCACCUCUCCUCCAUCAACAGCUCCGAUACCAGCUCUUCCCCCAACGAGUGGAGAAGAACCCACGCAUCGGCUGAGUAGCAGCAGCAACAUCAUCGAGGAGUACCUUCACUUUCCCAGCACUCGCGAGACUGGCCAUUCCAGCAAUGAGUUUCCUUCGCUUUCUGAGAACUUGACAUCUGCACCAUCGUCCUCGAUCUUGCACGGAGCAGGAAGCGGUGCUGGUCGGCCUGCUGAUUCAUUGGCUGCUGAGGGUGCCGCAGCAUCGAAGUCUGUCUCCGAGAAUCCUGACAGUAUCGAUUUGAGUGUCGCCCCAAUGCCGAAGAAGGAGUUACCUCCCGGCGCUGCAGCUGCCCAGGCCGCAUUGCAAGCUGGAACUGGAGCUGAACAGGGCCCCACAACAAGCCCACUUGAGAGGAGCGCGGGUCCUCAGCCCACGGCGCCUCUGCCAUCGUUGCCGAUCAGUCAAAGUGGCCCUGAUGCCGCCACUACAGUUCCCAAACGACAAGAGUCCCUGCCAUCGGCGACCAAAGAUACGACCGUCAAUAUACCGACCUAUAUUAUUGGCGAUCUCAGUUUUGAGCAUGAUCCUGGGAGCCCCAUGGAGAGUGAGAAGAUGGAGCGUGCUGCGAGGCCACAACUGGAGACGUUUGUAACUGCAAAUGAAGGAAUAGAUCUCAAGGCUAUGACGACGGGUAACAAGACCUGAAGAGGACACGUCCUUUUUCUAUCUUGCUUAAGGAAGAGCACGAUGCGGCAAGGAAAGCCUCCAAAAGGACGGCCACGGAAGUAGUCUACAAGGCCAGUGGGGUGAGGAUGUAUGAUUUGUUCCGAGUAUAGAUUGGAUCUUAGCGGUAUAUAACGACAGAGCCACAGCAUCAGUGAUGCAGAUAAUAAGGAUGUGCAUCCACGAAAUGACAUGACUUGUU